GGGACACGUGACUGGCGCUGUCCAGUUGGAUGCUCUGUUGUCUACCGGAGCCUGACAAUCGCACGAUAUGCAUCUGCUAUUAACGUGAAUUUCUCUCUUUGGAUUAAAAUAUAUAGCCUAACCUCGGCGUUAUCAUGGGACAAUGUGGUGUUAUUUCUUCGAAGACGGUUUUGGUCUUCCUAAAUCUGAUUUUUUGGGCUGCCGCAGGUAUACUGUGCUACACUGGGGCCUACGUUUUCAUCACAUAUGAUGAUUAUGAUCAUUUUUUUGAGGAUAUCUAUACAUUCAUCCCUGCCAUGGUAAUAAUUGCUGUGGGCACACUUCUUUUUGUCAUUGGUUUCCUUGGAUGCUGCGCCACUAUUCGAGAAAGCCGCUGUGGCCUGGUCACGUUCUCAGCAGUGCUACUACUGGUGUUUGCCACAGAGGUGGUUGUAGUGGUCCUAGGCUAUAUUUACAGAGCCAAGGUCGAGGCUGUGGUAAAUCACUCUAUUCAGAAAGUAUAUAAUGAAUAUAAAGGCACCAACACAGAUGCUCCCAGUAGGGCCAUCGACUAUGUCCAGAGACAGCUCCACUGUUGUGGCAUUCAUAACUACUCUGACUGGAUGAACACUCACUGGUUUAUUGAGUCCAAAAAUAACAGUGUUCCAGUGAGCUGCUGCAAGCCCACCAUUAGUAAUUGCACUGGGACGUUAAUGCGACCAGGAGACCUCUACCCAGAGGGCUGUGAAGUUCUUGUAGUAAAGAAACUUAAGGACAUUAUGCUGUACGUCAUACUGGCUGCAUUAACAUUCGCUGCCAUACAGAUGCUUGGGCUGCUGUGUGCGUGUGUGGUCCUUUGCCGCAGAGGUCAUGACCCUGCCUAUGAACUGCUUGUCAGCACGGGUAUAGAUGCCUGAGUGGUACCGCAUGGCAUCAUGGGAACGGCUGGUCCUCCCAGCCAGUGUACUGUACAUAUUUAAACCGAAUCAGGCUACCACUUUUCUACACUAGUAUUAAAACCAGUUUCAAUAUUUUAGUUUGACAUAAAAUGAAAGCUUUGGCAGCUUGAGUAGCCUCACACUGCUUUAGUUGUAAAGAAAAUGUUCCUAAAAAUGUUCCUUAAAGAAGUAUUGAGUUGUUUCUUAAUUUACAGCACUACUGAUAUUUGCUAGUCUGAUGAGCAGAAAAUCAUCAUUCAGUUGUUUAUUAUAUUGUAAAUAUUUUACACUAAUUGAUUCCAUGUGUCAUGGUAAUGUGAUAUUAUGUGAUAUUAUAAGUGGUUGUUAGGCCAAAGACUAAAGUCACUGGUUGACAUAGUUCAGAUAUUUUCCCUUAUUUACAGUAUGUGUUGUAGAAGUAAUCGCUUUAUAGAACAAAGAUUGUUUUAAAGUUGUGUUUAUUUAAAUUAUUUUCUGACAACUUUCCUUUCUUCUCAUUUUGAUCUAAUCUUAUUUAUAGAGAAGUUUAAAUGAAAUCAUUACUUUUAAAUCUAGCAGCAGCAUUAAAUUUGCAACUAAAAACAAGAUUACACUAAGCACGAAUUACACUAUCAGUCGAGGAUUUGGCAGUAAAACAAUCAAAAGCGCAAGUCUAACAAAAUCAUUUAGUGUAGUUCAAAUAUAUAACUGAGCAUUUGAAAACUGACUAAAAUGUCUGUAUUUCAGUUUCUUAUUUUCCUGGAAACGUUUAUAUCCUAAUAUGGUUGUGCAAUGCCUGGGACCAGGAAAAAAUAUUUGCUUUAAAACAAUUUACCUAAGAACAGCACAUUUACUUUUCAAAUGAUCCUUUUAAGUGACUUUGUCAUAUGGUUGACACUCUAAUGGAAGUAUCGCUUUUAAAAGGUCUGACAUGAAUGCUCGUAUAAUGCUCACAAUGUGCACUGUAGCAUGAAAACACUCAUGUUUUCACACAUAUUUAUACAUUAUUUGAUACAUUCAUGCUUUUCAUUUUUUCCCAGCAGAAGUUUAACAAUGACUAAUGCAAAGUACCUACUGUAAUAUAUGUUGAUCUGGAUCAGUUCAAUAAAUCACUGAAAUUAAAACGA